AUGAAGGCAUUCUUCAACAGCAUGAGAGGACACCCGACGGGCGGCCACGACUAUGUUACAGUCGCACACGGCAAGGACAGGUAUCACUUCGAGUUCCCUGAUGACUCCAUCGAUCAAGGCGAGGUCACUGUCGCGCAGGUGAAGAGAAAGUGUGCGGAAGCGAGUGGGUGUGAUCUGGACCGGAUCAACCUGCUAUUUGGUGGAACAUCACUUAAAAAGCCAGAUGCCACCCUCGCUCAGGCAAACAUCAGAAGUGGAUCAAAGAUUCUCAUGAUGGCCUCAAAGGUGCGCAAUACAUUUCCUCUUCGCGAACGCCCGCUGAUAAAUGGUGAACAGGCUACACCACAAGCACCCCCCAAAGCCCCCACACCAACCCCUAAAGCCGUCCCACCCACCCCAAAAACGCCCUCCGAACAAAUAGACCACUACCUCAACGAAACCAACACCCUCUACCUCCCCGCCAUCAAUGCAUUCUGCUCCAACCCCCCUUCCGACGAAAAAAAGCGCAAAGACACGCACCUUCGGCUCUCCGAGACAAUUCUUGGACGGCUUCUUAUGUUCGAUGGGAUUGAUGUUAGUGAGGAUGGGACGGGGGCGUUGAGGCAGAAGAGGAAGGAUGCGGUGAAGUAUACGCAGGGGUUGUUGGAUCGGUUGGAUAGGGCGGUGAAGGGGAAGAAGGAGAGCGAAGGAGGGGAGGUGGAUGGGACGGAGACGCAGGCAUGA